GAACUUUUCUAUUAUCUGUCUCUGUGUAAUAUAUGGCUCAAAUCGGGUUAACUAUCGGCGUCGCUGGUGGUGCCGCGAAACUCUCUAUCUCAUUAUUCAGUAUCGCAGCCGCCAUUGGAACGGCAGGCGUUGAAGUACGCGCCUUUGCUUCAAAUGCUAGCUCACUUGCUCAAGUUCUUACCAACCUGAGCGAUGCUUUAGUGACGAAGGAGCCAAUUUCGCCCAAGGCAAAGACCAUUGCCGAUGGCCUGAUUACGCUUUGCCAAACUAUAUUGGAUGAUAGCAGCAACCUUCUCAAGAGGCUCCGACCGCUAGUGGAACUCACUGGUAGUGCUCAAAAGCGGUUUAUACUUCGAAUACGUUGGGUAUUUGAGAAAUCUAAAUUUGCUACUCAUCUGCAGUCUUUGGAAGCCCUAAAGAGCACUCUAUCAUUAUUGAUAGGCACAGUAAACUACUCUGACGGCGUUGCAUCAAAUAGGCCAAGGGAUAUUCAAAUUUCAUUACGACUCCAGCUUCAGAACGUAGCAUCAGAAGAAAUCCAGAACAGCAACCGUGUACAUCAAAAUGUUUCUCGCCUCAUGCAAAGAGAAAGCCCCCUCUUGACGGGAAACCCUCUAAAAGAAUCUCGAGAAAGCCAGCCUCUAAAGCUACGGAGAAUUCCGGAUGACAGCAUUAAUGGCGAAGAAGAUGAAUCGCAAUCUGUAGACCCAGGGCUUGACUCGCUCUCACUCGAGCCUAGCGAAGUUGAGAAAUCCAUUAUCGUCCACUCAAAAAACGUCGAAAACGAGGAGGAAGUUGAGAGAGAAUUUGGCAUUGAAGAACUAGAUAUUGUUACCCCUUACUUGGAAAUUUCGUUGCUGCAACAGCGCACUAUUCAGUUUGCGACACUUGUUCUCCGAGCGGAAGAGGAUAGGGCUACAGCUGAUGAUAUCAAUGCACCUAAUGAUCAAGGUUCUAGCAACUCUCAGGAUGGAACUCGACUCAGCAACCCUCCACCACCUCAGUCUCACAUGGAGCACAUGAAUGGAACCGUAAUCUAUAACUCAGGAAAUCCAGAGUCACUUGACCAGCAGCAGUCCGUUGCUAGCUCGGAGACUGCUUCAGUAGCUGCAGAAAACGUACCAACUACAAAAGCCGAAGUGACUAAUGUAGCAUAUGGUAGCCUAUUGUUUACCGAUGCUCGUGGAACGAGGUAUACUUUGCCUUUAAGUGACUGUAAGACAUGGGAAGGCAUGGUUAAUAUCCUAAGGGAGAUUUAUACAAGUGACGAUUACUGGGGAUAUGAGCUGAAGUCUGAGGUCGAGAAACGCAACAAAUCUGGCCUCAAGCUUGGCCUUCAGCCAUUCAUACUACUAGGCGGUCGUGACUACGCUAUUAUUCUUCCUCGACAUUGGACAAGUAUUGUCCACUCAGCGUAUUCAGUGACAAUGAGGUUUGAUGAUCCUCGUCUUAACACCGUGCCUGACCCAAGAGUCGAAGAAUUACAGAGGUUUGAUGAUCCUCGUCUUAACGCCGUGCCUGACCCAAGAGUCGAAGGAUUACAGAAGUCUGAUGAUCCCCAUAUCAAGGCCUUGACUAGAGUCAAAGGAUUACAGGGGUUGGUUGCUAAAGUACGCCUUUGGGAUAAAUUGGUGAAAAAGAGAAGGGAUGCUGAUUAG